UGCAGGUAUGCACAAUUAGUCACGGGCAAAUAUGCAACCAUAGCUUGAUAGUAGGAAGGACACCGCCAAAACCAAAGCUUUCGAUAGAUAUUUCUAUUUUCUCACGAAUAUCGAUAACCCAAGAUAUCAGGAUGUCAAAACCAGCAGAGGAUGAGAAGCCUGGGGCAGACUUUCCAGGAGAGAGCACAGACUCUGAGAGGAACAGUCCUGAUGCCAAUGAUCAGGUUCAGCCAAUGAAAACGAGUCCCUUCAGUCUUUCUCCUACCUUGAGCAGCAUCAAGAGUAAAAGUGAGGCAGUACCUGAGAUGAUCUCCACCCAUGUGCCGCCUCCUUCUCAGCAGCAGACGCCUCACCCUCACACACAACUCAUGUUGGCAGGGAGUCAGCUGGCAGGGCUGGCUGCCCUCUUGCCUGCGCAGCAGCAGCUGUUGCUUCAGCAGGCCCAGGCUCAGCUCCUGGCCGCCGCGGUGCAGCAGUCCAAUGCGGCUCACGCUGCUCAUGCCGCUCACGCAGCCGCCCAAGCCAAUCAGCAGCAGCAGCAACAACAGCUGACCAAACAGGAGCAAGCCCCGCCCCAGCUCACCCUCUCUCAGCCUAUCCAGCUCACCGCCCAGGAUAUCCAGCAGCUGUUGCAGCUGCAGCAGUUAGUCCUGAUGCCCGGCCACCACCUGCAGUCUCCUCAGUUCCUCCUGCCUCAGGCCCAGGGACAACAGGGGCAGCAGGGUUUGCUCUCGACACCUAAUUUAAUUCCGCUACCUCAACAUCAGCAAAGCCAGGGGAGUCUUCUAACUAUUCCACCCAGGCUGGGACUGCAAGCACAGGUAUAGUAUUAUUGAAAACCACCUCAAAUAUUGACCUCUGGCCCUCACGGAGAGGAGCCCAGUGACCUGGAGGAGCUGGAGCAGUUCGCCCGCACCUUCAAACAGAGACGCAUCAAACUGGGCUUCACACAGGGUGACGUAGGCAUGGCGAUGGGGAAACUGUAUGGGAAUGACUUCAGCCAGACCACCAUCUCUCGCUUCGAGGCCCUAAAUCUGAGCUUUAAGAACAUGUGCAAGCUCAAGCCUCUGCUUGAGAAGUGGCUAAACGAUGCGGAGACCAUGGCGAUAGACAGCAUGCUUCCCAGCCCGAACUCUCUCUCCUCCCCCAUGAUGGGGUUUGAGGGCAUGCCGGGGCGUCGCAGGAAGAAACGCACCAGCAUCGAGACCAACGUCCGCGUGGCCUUAGAGCGCAAUUUCAUCUUGAACCAGAAGCCUAACUCAGAGGAGAUUCUCCUGAUGGGCCAGCAGCUCAACAUGGAGAAGGAGGUGAUUCGGGUCUGGUUCUGCAACCGGCGCCAGAAAGAGAAGCGCAUCAACCCUUGCAGUGCCACCCCUCCCCUGUCCAGCCAGCCCCCUUCUAUGACGCACAAAACCCCCUGCUACAGCCCGCACAUGGUGUCCAGUCAGGGGCUGCACCAGGCUGCCACCAGCCUCAGCACAACAGCCACCAGCUCCACCCCCUCCUCUAGGACUCCGCCUCCACACAGCACAGCCAGCCCCGCUCCUUCCACCCUCAGUACCCACAGCCUGAACGCUGGGUGA